CUUCAAGCAUCUCAUUAGUCAUUACCACUAGAUCAAUAGAAACAAAACAAGACAACGCAGAAGCUACUCACGAAGCUCUUUCUUUCAAUGGCUGCUCCAAUCGCCAUAGGCACUCGAGGAACUAUAGGAUCGCUUGUGCGUAAAGAAAUAGACUACUUCAAAAACUUCAGUUCAUGUUCUCCUCAGUUUGAUCCACGGAGGGGAAAUUCUGAAGACAACACCAAAAAAUCUCAACAAAGAAGAGAUCUCUCAUCAUCACGUCUGACUUCUUGGUUCUCUAAAGCCAAUUGGAGAAAGAAGAAGCGGCAGAGCCGCGGUGGUGGCGGUGGCAAGUUUCUGCCGAGUAUGUGCUCGGCGGUGGAGGUUUCCGGUGAGAAUCGAGUUCCUGGUUUCAACUAUAGGAUCUUGAAGAGUGAUCAUGACAAGGGUUUGCGUGUGUAGAGGAGUAAUUACGUACUUACUAUGGAUUUACGGUAAAUAUAUUCGAACUUUUGAAAUGAGAAAAAAGGAAAAAAGAAGAAGUUAUGUUGAUGCUAAAGUUGGUUCGAUUCCAUCCGGUCUAUAUUUCGGUUUAAAUGCAAUUCCGCUCGGUGUAUCGUUGAUGUACAUAUGAAUCCUACGUCGCAAAAGUCAAAACCCUUUAACGAUGGGGGACAAAAAGGCCGAACAACCUAAAGCUAGUUGCUCUUUGGGAGUAGUAAUUAUGAGU